AUGGGGUUUAAUUCAAUUUUCAAAUUUCGAAAGACAUCCUUAAGCUUACUCUUAUUUGCAGUCUACUUCAUAAUUGGUAUCCUAUAUUUUAUAGACAAAACAAGAUACAAACAUAGUCUGCCAAUUGAUUCAGAGGGGGUAGCUUUACUGGAUAAUGCAUGGUUAGAUUUACAAAAUAUUACAAACAAAUGUCAUCCUUACAGCUCGAAGGAAAAUGACAGGGUGCAUGACUACCUUCUUAAUAGAAUUGCUGACAUUAUUAACAAAACUUCUUAUGCAGAAGUUUCUGACGAUUAUUCUACUAAUUCAAGGGCAUUGUUUAAACAGCAAGACGUUUUCAAUGCUUCCUCAAUUGCAUCCAGAAUAAUUUAUUUUGAAUCUUCAAAUAUUCUAGUUAAAAUGGAGGGUAGAAACCCUGUUUUAAAAUCUUUAUUGCUAUCUGCACACUAUGAUUCUACACCGAGCUCUCAUGGUGUAACAGAUGAUGGUAAAGGCAUUGUCUCACUUCUGGCAUUAUUGGAACAUUUCUCCAAAGUACAACCUGAAAGAACUUUAGUCUUCAACUUUAAUAAUAAUGAAGAAUUCGGGUUAUUAGGUGCUACUAUUUUUUUUGAACAUGAAUGGUCCAAGAAUGUUGAAUAUUUUAUAAAUUUGGAAGGAACUGGUAUUGGCGGCAAGGCUGUCUUAUUUAGGACGACGGAUACCUCCACAGCAAAGAUAUAUCAAAAUUCCGUGAAAAAUUCACCAUUUGGGAACUCUAUAUAUCAACAAGGAUUUUACAAUAGAUACAUAGGAAGUGAAACAGAUUACAAGGUUUACGAGAACAAAGGAUUAAGAGGUUGGGAUAUUGCAUUUUAUAAACCGAGGAAUUUAUAUCAUACGAUAGAAGAUUCUAUUGGACAUUCCUCUAAGCCUGCGUUGUGGCAUAUGUUGCACACAUCGUUACAAUUAUCUAAAUAUAUUGCUGAACUUGAUAAUAUAUCGUUAGGUGAAACACAGGAUCUUUCACCUGCAGUAUAUUUCGAUUUAGCGGGAUAUACUUUUGUUGCUAUACCCAGUACAAAACUUUUCUGGAUUAAUAUAGCAUUGCUAAUUAUUAUGCCAAUAAUUAGUAUAUUCUUAUUUUCAAUUGUAAAAAAAUACAAUAAUGAGAUUAUAGACUCUGGUAAUAUAUGGUGGAGGUUACCAAUUUCCGCAAUGUCAUCAGGUACAAUCAUAAUAUUUACUACUAAAUUGAUAAUGAAGUGGAAUCCAUACAUAUUAUCUCGUAAUUUUCUGUUGCCUUUGAUUGGAUUAACAUUUGAAUUUAUCAUAUUAAAUAGUUAUAUUUUGACGAUGUUUGAAAACUUAUCAAGUAGCUUUGACUUUAAAACGAUUGCAAUAAAUGAAAUCUCAUUUUUAUUCUGGAUAGUCUUAGCUUACCAAACUUGGAAACUUUAUGAUAAUAAUUAUCAAAAUACUGGCAUUUACCCAUUUACCAUUUGUUAUAUAGUAAUGGCAACGGCUGGGAAUAUUGGAUAUUUGUUUUUGAUAUUUAAAAAUAUUGAAAUUGUUGAAGACGAAGAGGCCAGUUUAGUACAGUACGUUAGUAAUGAACAAAGCACAAUCGAAGGGAGAUAUCGUGAUGAAAUCAAUGGCAGGGAUGAUUCAUCGAGAGAUAGUAAUUCUGCAAGUAUACCUACAAGAGCGAAUGAUGAAAGAGCUCCAUUAUUAACCAACAGCGUUGACAAUAUAAACCAAAGAACGAUUUUAAAAGAGAGUAAACUUGUGUAUAACUAUGAUUGGAUCAUUGAAUUUUUAUUAGUAGUUCCAUUUAGUACAUUUUUGCUUUACAAUAGUUUGGAGUUAAUUAUGGAUGCUGUUAAUCAAACAAUUCAAGAAACUGGAGAUCUAUACAAAGUUUAUAAAAUACUUGCUAUUGGAAGCAUAUUGAUCAGCAUUCCUACAUUGCCAUUUGCGUAUAAGAUUGGAUGUCAAUUAGGAAAAACAUUGACGUUUAUAAGUAUCGGAUGCUUAUUAAUCAGUAUGGCAUUAGCGCCAUUUACUGAAAUGAACCCUAUUAAAUUCCGAUUCAUGCAAGUUAACGAUAAAGUUGAAAUCAGCGGCGUCACAACACAUGACAACAAUAAAUUGAGAGAUAUGAUAAAUAACCUUCCAAGUGUUAAAAGAGAUGAUAAGAAAGUUCAAUGUCAAGAGAUCACAAAGUUUAGCAGUGUAUGUGAAUACGAAGGAUCACCUGUCCAUCUUGUUGACAAUAUGUAUCGAGAUAAGUUGAAAUUGAUGGAAGUGAUAGUAUUGAAAGACGAUAGGUUAUCCCCCGAAAGGUCACCAUACGCACCGAUUACCGCUGAGGUUGAGAUUCGAGUUCAAGAGAAUAGGAUGUGUAAUGUGUAUUUUGGGCAAAAUAAGGAACGGAUACGUGAAGUUAACGUUUCUAUUAUAGAGGGUAAUGAUAGAAAUAGCAGUGUUUCGUUGAGAUACAGAGUUAACAACAAUAGGAAUGGGAUCGAUGAGUUGCAAUUGCACAAGCUGAGAUUUGAAGCCAAUAGUUAUAUAGUUGGCAUUAAAUGGAUGCCCGAGAUAUUAAUGUCAAAUGAAGAGGAAGAUGACGUUUUACCAAUAAAAGUAGAAUGCUAUUGGGGAGAGUAUGAAGAGAGCAGUGUUGAAGUAGGUGAAGGUGAGGUUGGAGGAGGCGCAGUUAUAGAAUAUUAUGACAAGAUUCCAUCGUACUCCGAGAUAUUAGAGUAUAAACCGGUAGAUGUGGUUAUCGCCAAUAGAGAAAAAGGUUUAGUCAAGCUAACUGAAGCGAUGGUGCUGUAA